CGGAAGCCGGGCUGACCGCCGGAAGCCGCCGGGGGCGCCGGAAGCGGAGGGCGGCGCGGCUGAUCGCGGCGCGUGGAGCUGUGUGCGACAGCGUCCGCGUGGCGCGCGGUCAGCAUGGGCCUCCUGAGCGGGGCCGCUCGCGUCGUGGUGCGGGGCGCCGACCGCAUGAGCAGGUGGACCAGUAAGCGGGGCCCGCGCACCUUCUACAAGGGCCGCGGCGCCAAGGGAACCGGCGUCCACGGCCGCGACGGGAAGUUCGUGCAGAUCAAGGAGAUGGUCCCGGAGCUGGUGGUGCCCGAGCUGGCCGGCUUCAGGCUCAAGCCCUACGUGAACUACCGCGCGCCGGCGGGCGCGGACACGCCCCUGACGGCCCGACAGCUGUUCCGCGAGGCGGUGGCGCCUGCCGUCGAGAAGGACUUCCGGGCCGGCGCCUUGGACCCGGCGCGGCUGGAGAAGUACGGCUUCGAGCCCACCCAGGAAGGCAAGCUCUUCCAGCUGCACCCCAAGAACUUCCCGCGCUAGGGGCGGCUUUGGCCUGUGGUCCUCGUGAGGUGGCGGGACCGAGGCGGAACCCUGGAGACCCACUCCCGCGAGGCCGGCAGCCGUCGCCCCCCGACCGCCCGCUGUUGGGCGAGAACACACGGCUCGGCUCGCAGGAGGAGGAGAACGCACGGGGCACGCGGUGCCGCGCGACAGCGCACACUCUUCACCCCCGAAGCCAACGAGCACGUGCUUCGCGGCUGCUUUGGGGGCAGACCUCCAGUAACCUGGUCUCUCCCCCUUGGGUUCGCCUGUUUCUGUGCACAGCCUCUCUGGUCUUCUGUGUUCUGCCUAAUAUCUGGCUUUUAUGUUAAAUACCGUUACUCUAAAGGAGGGUUCAAAUUCUGUUGAAAUAAAUGCGCCAUUAGCUGGGAAUCGA